AUGGGACAUUAGACAUGACUUAAAUCACGUGGACCUACAUACAUGUAGACGGCUAAACGAUUUCAUUCCCCCACCAAUCCCUCGUCACGGCUCGUUUCGGCCGCUCGACCUAACCAAAAUUUUUGCCGCUCAUCCCGAUCUAAUCUAACGGCCCGUGUAUUUACCUUUUUUGUUUUCCACCCCCUUCAAAGUGACCCGAGGCCGGCGACAGGCGGCACAUGACGUUCGCGAAAUUUUCGGCACAGUCGGAGAUUCCCAGUUGGACUCGCGGUGGGCCACUUUUAUCUCUUGACACAUACGUAGAAAGCACAAGCUUCCUAUCUGUGAUCUGUUCGUUUGUAAUCUGUAUCUUUUUUUUUCUUUUUUAAUCCGCGAUUGUGUUCCGCGUUAAGAUAGAUAUACACGGUUGUGAGCUUAUACACUCAUCGUCGCCGAUAGCACACAAGGUUCAGUCGCAAUCAUGCGCAAGCUGAGGAAUCCGAAAGCCACGAAGUCCGCGAAGAAGACUCCGGAUGAAUCUCACUGCAGGCAUCACGGUAACGUGGACAAAAAUGAGCAGAAACGCUGCGUCCGGAGAGCGACGAAUCUCUUGCACUCCUUGACGGGCGAAACGUUCGACUCCCGUUACGACGAACUGACGGAGCUUACUGGGCAGCUCGCAGCUGACCUCAGGAUCUCCAAGAGCCUCCAGUUCAGAAGGAGGAAGGCAAGGUGCACCGUGACGGGUAAAACCGACGAGCAAGCCGCGUCGAGCCUCUCACAGGAUGUGCAAGAUAAGCUUGCGAACAUCCCUCAGGAGUCCCAGGUCGUCUCGGAAGCGUUGGAAGAGGAGAACACGAAGAACGCUGUCCCACAGAGAUGUAAAAAUUCUGCUAGAGAGAAAGGGAAAGGCGACACAACGAUGGUGUCAGCUAGCGACAAAGAAGAAUGCAGGGCGAAGUAUUUCGUUACAAAUCAGGCCAACACUCAGCCUGAUAACAAGAAAAGACACUCGAAAUUAACGAGGAAAAAUAAAAGUAAGGCGGAAGGGGAAAAUAAAUCGAGUACAGGGAAUGUAUUCAAAGAGAAUGUACCAGAUAAAAUCGAGGAGCAAGCCGCAUCAAGUCUCAUGGAUGUGCAAGAUGGCACGACGCAGCUUGCAAACACCUCUCAGGAGUCUCAGGUCGUCUCGAGGUCGAAAGCGUUGGAAGAAGAGAACGCGAGGAACGCCACCCCACAGAAAUGUAAAAAUUCUCUUAGAGAGAAAGGCGACACAAGGAUGGUGUCAGCUGGCGGCAAAGAAGAAUGCAAGACGAAGAAUUUUGUUACGAAUCAGGCCGACGCUCAACGUGAUAACAAAGAAAGACACUCGAAAUUAACGAAGAAAAAUUCGAAUAGGGGGGAAGCGGAAACUAAAUCGAGUACAGGGAAUGUACUGAAGGAGAACUGUAGCCAAGAAAUAAUAAGGAACGACGCAAGGAAAAAGAAUACAGAUAAAGCAGGCAAAAAGACAUUUACAAGAUUUUUCGAAAAUCAUAUACCAGUGCCGAAAAUGAUGAAUAUUUUAAAAAGGCCAAAUGGCGUACAAUACGUGAAAGGGAAUCUCCGUAUAAAUCCGUUUGCUCAAAAAUAUGCUUAUUUAAGGUUGAAUAAUGAGGAGCGCGACUUACUGAUCAUUGGUUCACAGAGUAGAAAUCGUGCUUUUGAAGGGGAUUUAGUUGUGGCAUGCGUGAAUCCCGAACAUCUUUGGCGCAACUGUACCGAUGGGGAAUUACAGAAGACCGGUCACGUCGUUUGUAUAUUAGAGAAAGUACACUCGAGAAAAGCGGUCGGAUAUUUAAAGCGGCAAGAGUCGCGUCUGCUGUUCUAUCCAAAGGAUCAGAGGAUACCGUUGGUUGAGAUACUUCUUGAGUCAGUGCCAGCUUUAUAUUUCGAACAGCCGGAACUUUGCAAGAAUACAAUGUUUUUUGUUAAUAUCGACUUGUGGGAGCGACCGUAUGCAUUCGGGCGGAUUAUUUCGGUAGUGGGUAAAUGUGGCGAAAUAGAUACGGAAUUAAACGCAAUAAUACUGGAAAAUAAUUUAGACGUAUCUCCGUAUCAAGAAUCGCUAUUGGAAGGCCUCCCAGACAGCGAUUACAUUUUAACGGACGCCGAUAUAGAAGGUAGAGAAGAGUGGAGGCACGAGUGCAUCUUCACGAUAGAUCCUGUAACAGCUGUUGAUAUAGACGACGCCUUAUCAUGCAAAGUCUUGGGCAACGGGAACUACGAAAUCGGUGUGCAUAUAUCAGACGUCACUCACUACUUGGAAUUUUUCUCUCCGCUCGAUAUGGAAGUUCUGAAACGAGCUACCACCGUUUACUUGCCGCACAUGACUUCGCAUAUGCUACCGGAGAAACUGUGUAAAGUUUGUUCCUUGCUGCCCGGUAAAGAUAAACUGGCCUUUUCCGUGAUCUGGGAAAUAACGCCAGACGCCGAAAUUGUGAAACAUCGUUUCGCGAGGACUGUGGUAAGGUCGUGUUGUCAAAUGUCCUACGACUCGGCUCAGGCCAUGAUCGACGAUCCGAACAAGUCUUGGCCCGAGGAUUUCCUCGACAUAAAAGGAGACUAUACGGCGUCGUUGUUGUCCGACAAAGUGAACAAGUUAUUCAAGUUGUCCACCCAGUUGCGAGACAAACGAUUUGUUAACGGCGCGCUCAGGUUGGACAAGCCAAAGUUACAGAUACACAUCGAUCCCAAGCUCAGUCGAGAAUGCGGGAUCCCGAUACCCGUAAACUACUGUGUAUACGAAAGGAUUGACAGCAACAGUCUUAUAGAAGAAUUUAUGCUGCUGGCAAAUAUAACAGUCGCCGCACAAUUGCACAGUGCAUUUCCCAAAACGGCUUUAUUGCGUAUUCAUAAAGAUCCGUCCAAGAAGUGUCUCGAUACGGUUCAAAAUACGCUGCAAAAUUAUGGAAUUCAUUUGAAUGUUGAAACAGCUGGGGCCUUACAGGCCAGCAUCAGUCGCUACGAAAACAAUUCUGCCACGAUCAAUUCUAUGAAACAUAUUAUGAUGGUUAUCGUAAAUUUGUGUUCAAAGACUAUGAUACGUGCAGAAUAUAUAUGCGCGUCUACCACUUCGCGGUACAAUUUAAAGCACUAUGCGUUAAACGUACCUCUUUACACGCACUUUACGUCCCCCAUUCGAAGGUAUUCCGAUUGCAUAGUUCACCGUUUGCUCGGUGCGACGCUCGAAAAUAAACCUUUACCGGAAAAAUGGACGGUCAAGCUGUGCUCCAAGAUUGCAGCCAAUUGCAAUACGAAGAAGUAUAGUGCGAAACUAGCUCAGGAACAGAGCACGGAGGUGUUCUUUGCGUACAUGGUAGGCCUCGCGGGCGGCUUUGAAGCGGUAGCCACUGUGGUGUACGUGAAGGGAGACUGUAUAGAUGCUAUUCUCUGUGAUAUCGGCAUAAGAAUAAAAGUAAAUUUCAAGGACAUAGAAAACAUUGCCACAUCCAAGUUUUCCGAGGAUCAUGUACCAACUUUGACUAUCAAUUGGGUGAAACCUCCUAUUGUACAGGUAAUCAAUUUGUUUAGUUUGGUGAAUGUACACGUAAUGAAAAUUAGUGAAGAAUUGCGCUUAAAAGCAACUCUUAUACCGCCACCACAACAGUCGACAGAGAUUUAGAACAUUUUCAAUCAGAUGAGAAUUUUUUUUUAACAAUUUAUGAAUAUUCAUGUA